AUGCGCCGUUCCAAUGUGUCUAACAUUCAAAAGCCUACUACUGGUAAUGCACCGAGUAAACACUUUCGUGUAGCAGCUACUGAUCUGCCAUGCCCAAAUGGAUCCCGUUCUACUUCAGGUAGUGUAAUGAGUAAACGCUCUCGUGUGCAAACUACUGAUCAGCCAUGCCAAAAUUCUGUAGAAGAUGGACUUAAUUCUGCUAUUGGUACCACUACAGAACGAACUACUACGGGAAUCAGAAUUAGUUCACGUCUUCAGCAUCAAACUGCUAAUGAUCAGCUAUUGAUAAAUGUUACAACUGAAGAGCGAAAUGAUAAUGUGAUGUCAGCUAGUAAUCAAGAGCCUCCUACAGUAAUUACAACAUGUCAGACUGUAUUUUGUAAUUUUCGUUAUAAGUUGAAGAAACAUUUUGAGAAAUUUUCAACAAUUGAGGAAGCAAUUGAAAACAAACACGAUGAUGUCAAGACUCAGGAAGAAUGGGAGUUUCUCUGUGCUCGUUUUUCUAGUGAAAAGUUUCAGAUUCGUUCAGAGAAGAAUGCUAUAAAUAGGUCAAAGUUGACACAUCACCACAAAUCUGGGUCAAAGUCAUUUAUGUCUCACCAAGAGCAAAUUGCAGCACAUACUGGAGAGAUGCAAAGUGCAAUUGAUCGCUUUGAAACAGAGUACAAAAGCACUAAAAAAGGUUGGGACUUGGGAGCAAAAGCAAAGUGGGAUGAAAUGAUUAAGAUGCGAACUGAGACAACUCAACCUGAUGGAACUCGGACAAUGACAGAUGAUGAAAUUUGUGCAAAAGUCCUCGGAGUCAAAUCAGGCUACAUCAAGGGUUGUGGUUUUGGCCCUAGACCUCCACCCUUAAGGGUCUCUCAUUUGUCGAUAAAUGAAAUGUCUGAAAAGAACAAAGAGUUGCAAGAACAGCUUCAGGAGACCCAACACCUUGUAGGGACUCAACAACAAAAGAUUGAUGCACAAAAUGAGGUGAUCCAAAGAUUGGAGGAGCAAGCCAAAAAGUUUGAGGAGUUUAUGGCUAACUUUUCCAGGCAACAUCCAUCAAGUUAGUAUCUUUAUUAGAGAACUUAAACAUGGAGAAAUGAUUUUUAGAUCAUCUUGAUUUUGUUAUUGGUUUUAGACUAUUUUUGUUACUCCUUAUGUUAGAGA